AUGGUGAGGUUCACGUCGGCCGUGCUGGCUGUUUUCUUAUACUUGAUACCUGCAGCUCUUGGAGUCCAUCUUCACGGAAGAGACAUCAAUGAGCCACUCCUUGAGUCUUAUGAUUACAUCGUUGUUGGCUGUGGCAUCAGCGGGCUUGUCGUCAGUAAUCGACUCUCGGAAAUUGCAUCUCGGACUGUCCUUUGCAUCGAAGCCGGUGACGCGGAUCAUUAUGAGGCCGUUGUUCAGGACCCAGUCUAUGUGGGAGCAGACAUUGGUGGUAUCUACGACUGGGACCUUGAAACUGUACCACAGACUCAACUCGACGGCAACACUCGGCCAAUGCCGCAGGGCAAAGUCCUCGGUGGCGGCAGCAUCUUGAAUGCUAUGUGCUGGAAUCGAGGUGGAUCCGAUGACUUUGAUGCCUGGGAAGCCUUUGGCAAUCCUGGAUGGGGCUGGGCUAGCAUCCUACCGUAUUUCAUGAAGGCAAGUUACUCCGAUGGCUCACUGCAUUGGUAUCUGACAUAUACCCUAGAGUGA